AUGGUCCUUGACAGAUUACAGCAAUUGACCCACCAGGUCAGCGCCACAGCGCCUGCUCCUCACCCUCUUGAUCCUUUGUCUACAUCAGAGAUCGAUGCUGCCGUUGAGAUCAUUCGCAAGGAGCAUGGCCCUCUCAAUUUCAACGCCGUUACAUUAUACGAGCCCCGCAAGGCCCAGAUGAUGGCGUGGAUUGCAGAUCCCGAGAAGGCUCCUCGUCCCAUCCGAGCUGCGGAUAUAGUUGCCAUUGCACCGGGCGGUAAAAUCUACGAUGGAGUUGUUGAUCUGAAUCAGAAGAAGAUCAUUCAAUGGCAGCAUACGCCCAAUGUCCAGCCUCUGAUCACAAUGGAGGAUCUGCAAGAGGUUGAGCACGUCGUUCGCAAAGACCCCAAAGUCAUUGAGCAAUGUGGAAUUAUUGGAAUCCCCAAGGAGGACAUGCACAAAGUCUACUGUGACCCCUGGACUAUUGGAUAUGAUGAGCGCUUUGGAACUGGCGUCCGACUGCAGCAAGCUCUAAUGUACUACCGGCCUCAUCCGGAUGACUCUCAAUACACAUAUCCUUUGGAUUUCUGUCCCAUAUAUAAUGCGGAGACCAAGCAGAUCAUUCACAUUGAUGUGCCACCGGUACGGAGGCCGGUCAACAAGGCAUCACCAAACAACUAUCAUCCAGCUGCCAUCGAGAAAGAAGGCGGAUACCGCACUGACAUCAAGCCAAUUCACAUCACCCAGCCAGAUGGCGUGUCAUUCCAGGUCAAGGGGCGGACCAUCGAAUGGCAGAAUUGGAGCGUUCAUGUUGGUUUCAACUACCGCGAAGGCAUUGUCCUAAACAACAUCACAUUCAACGACAAGGGCAAUGUCAGACCUGUUUUCUGGCGUCUGUCUUUGGCAGAGAUGGUCGUACCCUACGGCAACCCCGAACAUCCUCAUCAACGCAAGCACGCCUUUGACUUAGGUGAAUACGGUGGUGGGUACAUGACCAACAGCCUUUCCCUCGGGUGUGACUGCAAGGGCGCAAUCCACUACAUGGAUGCAGCAUUUGUCAACCGAGCCGGUGCCAGCACGGUCAUCAAGAACGCUAUCUGCAUCCAUGAAGAAGAUGCUGGCAUUCUUUACAAGCAUACUGACUUCCGCGACGAUUCUAUGAUUGUCACCCGUGGCCGCAAACUAAUCAUCUCGCAUAUCUUCACUGCUGCGAACUAUGAGUACUGCGUGUACUGGAUAUUCCACCAGGACGGUACCGUCCAGCUCGAGGUUAAGCUGACUGGUAUCCUCAACACCUACGCUAUGAACCCCGGUGAAGACACCCACGGUUGGGGGACUGAGGUCUACCCCGGCGUCAACGCCCACAACCACCAGCACUUGUUCUGUCUCCGAGUUGACCCGAAUAUCGAUGGGCCGGAUAACACCGUCUUCCAAGUUGAUGCCGUUCGCGGCGAGGGCGAAGUAGGCAGCGCCGAGAACAAGUAUGGCAAUGCCUUCUACGCCAAGAAGACCAAGUUCAACACUCCACGCGAGUCGAUGUCCGACUAUAACGGAUUCACUAGCCGUACAUGGGAAAUGGCCAACACUAACAAGCUCAAUCCAUACAGCAAGAAGCCUGUCUGUUAUAAGCUCGUUAGCCGAGAGGUGCCUCCCUUGCUGCCCAAGGAGGGCGGGCUUGUCUGGAAGCGAGCUGGAUUCGCACGCCAUGCAGUUCAUGUCACUAAGUAUGACGACGAACAAAUCCACCCAGCUGGUCGCCAUGUGCCUCAAACUUCUGGCGAGCCGUCAGAAGGUCUCCCAGCUUGGAUUGAAGCCGCUGGUCCUAAUUGUUCUAUCGAUAACACUGAUGUCGUUCUCUGGCAUACCUUCGGUCUGACCCAUUUCCCUGCACCCGAGGACUACCCUAUCAUGCCUGCUGAGCCGAUGACACUGCUUCUUCGUCCGCGCAACUUUUUCGACCGCAACCCGGUCCUUGAUGUGCCGCCUAGCUUUGCCCGUACCCCGACGCAGGUAGCUGCUGGGGCGACUUCAUGCGGUUGCAAGAAGAGUGAUGGCUCUAGUGUUUUAGUUUGA